AUGGCGGAAAAAAUGGAGAGGGGCUGCGUGGGGGCUCCAAGGGCUCGAGACCCCCCUGCCCCCACGCUGGAUCCGCCCUCGGCAAGGAUCCCUCUGCGGCCCUUCCUCUCCUACUUGGGUGGCUGCAUGGUGCGCGACGCCGGCGGGCAGCGGCUCCCCACCGACUGCCCCACUCCCACGCCCGCCGCGGCGCAGCUGCUGUGCGCAGUUUAA